AUUUUCAUUCAUAGCCUGCCAGAAAAUGACAACCGUAUUAUCGAGUAAUAAAAUUUCAUUCAAUGUUGAAGUUUGUGUAGCAAUAACGUGAUGUUUAGUGUAGAAGUUGACUGAAAAUAAUGUAAAUUUCGUAAAUAUUUGAUAGCGCUUUCUGUUCUUUAUAGUUUAGAUUAAAACGCUCCACAAAAUGGCAGGUCGUAAUCGUCCUGUUCAACACAAAAACUUUUCAAAUAUAUUUUCGAAGCUCCAAGGGGCCUUCUCUGACGUAGUAACGCAUCCCAAAUAUGCUACAGACAAACGAACUCUCGAUAAAACAUGGAAACUCAUGGAUAAAGUAGUCAAACUGUGUCAACAUCAAAAGAUGAACCUCAAAAAUUCACCCCCUUUUAUUUUGGAUAUUCUUCCGGAUACGUACCAAAGGCUAAGGCUAAUCUAUUCAAAAUACGAGGAUAAUUUGCAAGCUUUACAUUCAAUUGAACAUUUUAGUAUAUUUAUUAUUAAUCUAAUGAGAAAGUGUAAGCAAGCAAUUAAACUCUUUAAGGAAGGCAAAGAAAAAAUGUUUGAUGAGAACUCUCAUUACCGAAGAAAUUUAACAAAACUUAGUUUAGUGUUUAGUCAUAUGUUAAGUGAACUAAAAGCUCUAUUUCCAAACGGUGUGUUUGCAGGUGACUUAUUUAGGAUUACUAAGUCUGAUGCUGCUGAUUUUUGGAGGACAAACUUUGGUAACAGCACGUUGGUACCAUGGAAAUUAUUUAGACAGGAACUGAAUAAUGUACAUCCAAUCAGCUCAGGAUUAGAAGCAAUGGCACUCAAAUCAACAAUAGAUCUUACUUGUAAUGAUUACAUAUCAAAUUUUGAAUUUGACGUAUUUACAAGGUUAUUUCAACCUUGGGGAACGUUAUUGAGAAAUUGGCAAAUCCUAGCCGUAACUCAUCCCGGUUACGUGGCGUUUCUAACCUACGAUGAAGUGAAAGCCCGAUUGCAGAGGUACAUCAACAAGGCGGGUAGCUAUGUAUUCAGAUUGUCGUGUACUAGAUUAGGACAAUGGGCAAUUGGUUAUGUAACACUAGACGGAGAAAUCUUACAAACAAUACCUCAAAAUAAAAGUCUGAUUCAGGCUCUGUUGGAUGGCUAUCGGGAAGGAUUUUAUCUUUAUCCGGAUGGUAGAUCUGUGAAUCCUGAUUUAUCAUGGGCUGUACAACCGAGUCAAGAAGACCAUAUUGCUGUAACACAAGAACAAUAUGAACUUUACUGUGAGAUGGGUAGUACAUUCCAAUUAUGUAAAAUAUGCGCAGAAAACGAUAAAGACGUCCGCAUCGAACCUUGUGGUCAUCUAUUGUGCACACCUUGUUUAACAGCAUGGCAAGCCGGUUCCGAAGGUCAAGGAAGUCAAGGAUGUCCAUUCUGCAGGGCCGAAAUCAAAGGAACAGAACAAAUAGUUGUCGAUCCUUUUGAUCCCAAGAAGUCUCAUCAGAGACCCAAAACGACAGUAACCAAUGCAACAGGCAAUAAUUGUGUCAACACUCUUGACGAUGACGAUCUGGAGUUAGAGGACACGGGAGAAAUAUGGAAUUUCGUUGGAAGCAGCCUCCACGCUCUAUCUAUAACACCCAGAAGAGACUUUUCAGCUUCAGCAAGUCCGAUGAUUUCACCGGGAAGUAGUCCAAGGUGCUUGAGACGAAAUACACCUGUAGUAGUACCUCCUACAGCACCUCCUCCUUUGCCACCUCGAAAGAGUUCACCAACUCAUGAACAAACCAUACUUCCUUCAGUUGUUCCUACCGUUUCUAGUAUCCGAAACGGUGUGGUGGGACUUAGCGAAGCGCAAUCAGUCACUAAUUUAACUCACAUCAAUAUAGAAGUACCUCAACUACCGAAAAGCAGUUCUAUGCUAAAUAUUGAAUUGCAUAGAGCUGGUAGCAAUGAGAACGAAGUGGUUGAAUUAAGUUCUCCCGAGACCAUUUACGGAGUUGUGAUACAAAGUAGCGACUACUAUGAUCGUAGUAGUGUGGUAACUACAACAGCAGCAGAAUCUAAAUUACCUAAUAGACAUUUGAGCUGCCCAUCAAAUCGGAGCCAACCACGACAUAUGAAACCACCGAAAUCCAAUACUAUCCCCAAUAUAAGCCAGGAUAAUUCUUUGCAAUAUGAAAAUGUUGAAAUUGAGGUGCCACCAAAAAUCCAUCAAAGAAUAAAUCCUUUAGAAAGGGAAACGAAUGUUUCAUAUGAAAAUUUAAAUAUGGAUUAUAUUAAAAAAUUAGUAAGUGAAGGGUAUUCUCGAGAUUCUGUUAUAAAAGCUUUAGGGAUUACUAGGAAUAAUGUUGAUAUGGCUUGUGAUAUUUUGCACGAGUUUGGCACAAAGUUGGGAUAGCAAAUGUAAAUAUAUUAUUCAGUUGAAUUGUUUUUGGUGUAGAAUAGCAAAUAAUGAAAAGUAGCUAAUGUUAAUUUUCAUAAUUUUAUUGUUUAACUAUUCUACAUUUUUUAAAUAAGGCUUGAGAUCGAGAGUAGAUAUUCAGAAUACUAUUUCAAUUAUUACGAUUAUAACUUCACAUUUUUCGUUAGAAGGCGACAUGACAUAUUUUUUAAAAAAAUCAAGAAAUAUUAUAAUAAAAACCUAAGUUAAAAAUUGGGCCUUAGAAAAAAUCAGUAGGUAAUGGUAUAAAAAUAACCAAAAGUUCAACAGGGUCCAUUACUAUAUCUAAAAUUUCUGUAUAAAAAUAAAAUAAUAUAUAUUUUGUUUUCUUUAAGUGAAUUAAGAUUGGAGAAUUUCCAUUUUUCUACUGACAAUAGAUGGAUAUACCUUUAUUAUUGUCUAAAAUUCCAAUAGAUGAAACUCACGCACUAUCUAUUUAAAAAUCCGGCACAGGGCAUAGCAUUUGACCAAGAUUGAUGUGCACGCUAGUCAAAAGAAGUAUAUUAUAUACAGAAACCAACCUAACGAACGACGAUUUAGAAUGUACGUUCUAAGCAUUAUGUACUAACAAGAAUUCUAGUCAGUGAAACAAAUUUUCUGCACCAAAUUGGAAGUAGAAUCUUUUCAAAACAUUAUAGUUAUUGUUCGUCGUCGUCAUUUGCCAAUAAUUUUUGUAACAAACUCAUGUAAUAAGAAUAAUUUUUUUACACUUUCCAAAUAUCAUAACCAUCCAGAUUUUAUAUUAGAAUUUUAUUAUUGAUCAUUGAAGCUACUGUGUUUUUCAUUUAUUUAUUUAUUUAUACACAAAUAUGGCAACUUUCAUUAGACGGAUAUGAAACUUUUUACAUUUUUACAGAAUAUUGUUAAUGCCAAAACUUUUCUUUUCAAAACGUUUUUAUGUUUGUAUAUAUCUACCAUGUGGUGAUUUAGGUUGUCAUAUACACUGUAACUCAAAGGAAUCAAAACUGGUUGAUUUCGUUUUUAAAACUUCUUUAAUUAUUAUAACAGUAAUGCAAUCAUUUUUAUCCAACGCGACCUUGUUUUUGUAUUAUAUUUUUGUGUUUUUCCAAAAAUUAUCGAAGGAAAUCAAUGUAUGUACAAGUCCAUAAUAAAUGAUAGAAGGUGAUUCAGAAUUAAAUACAUUGACUUCUUUAUGUACACUUGUAUAAUUAGGAAGCCGCAAUCUUCUAAAGAAAAACCUUUCAUUAUGUUUACAAAGUUCAUAUUUUGGAAAUCACUGUGAAACGUUAGGAUAACCAAUUUUAUAGUAGGAGGAAGCGUUCCAGAAUGAAAAAAAAAUAUUUUAUUUUGUAAAUAUAUCUAGCAUAUUCGGGUCUAUGCUACUGUAAUGUACUACACACACUGUAGUGUGUGAGAGAUCACAUUUACAAGUUAUAAAUCAUAUAUUUUCAUAUGACGUUGGUACAUUUUUUCAAUUUUUUUGUUUCACUGUGAAACAGAAAAUGUCACAGUAAAACAUAUUAAAAAUGGUAAAUAAAAUGGAAUUAAUAAUGACGUUUUAUUUUUUUAAGAAAAUCUGACUAUAUAUGGGUACAUUCCCAAAUAUGUUUCUGCAGGCAAUAUGAGUUUUAUAUCUUUUUCAGCUAGAGUUUUCAGUAUGGCAAGGAAAGGCGAAACUAUUCUGGGACUCUACACUCCGACGACGUUAGCUUCAUAGUCACAGCCUUUAUUCUUUAAAAUUUUAACAGUGUAAUGUAAUUAUUGUUUUUAUUGAAUUGAAUCAAUACAAAGUUGUCUACAGUAGGUGGUUCACUUAGAGAAUCUCAGGAGAAUCAAAGUCGUCGAACUCUUUUGGGUUAUCGGAUGAGUUAUCAUUCAACUCCAUUUCGAGCUCGCUUUCAUCAUCGUCGCUAGAAGACAGAUAAAUUUUUUUCUUGAUUUCAUUCCAUUGCUUAGUUCUUUGUUGUAAUUCUGCUUUUCCGCUUUCUUAUUCCAUGAAUCUUUUCUAAUUUCGGUGCUUUUGGAAAGCUGUGCAACAUAUCAAGUGAAAUGAACAACAUCAAAGACUCAAAUCUUUAUUAUAGAAAGUCUUGAAGCAGAAUAAUACUGAUAAUUGAAAUGGCUGGAGCUUAUUUGAACAAUGCGGGGGUAGUGUCGAUAGGCUCUUUCUGCUGCCUUUCUUAGAGUAAUAUUUUCUUCGAUUACUAAACAGCUCCUAUCUGUUCAUUUUUAAAAUUUCUUUUGUUAGUUUUUCCGAUUCUUCAUCGUGCCAUAUUUAAUCUAAAAUACAAAAAUGCUGUUAGAUAUAUAAGGGAACACAAGAGGAAUGGAGUUUUUUAAAUUAUUUCAACGAAAUAAUUAAUAACGAACACGCCACUAUAUUGAUAGAUACACCUUCCUCCACCAUUACACCAAACCGUAUGCUUGCUUGGAAUUGUCGCAACUUUUGAUUUGAUUUAUUUUAUUAUGAAACAUGUUUCAUUGUAGAACUCUUUCCCCUAUUGCCUACUUCAUCCUAUAUGAAUAAAGAAUAGUUCUUAUCAAGGUUAUGGAAAAGUCAAAGGGGGUUAUUUAAAAAAUAUUAUUUCUAAACUUACUAAAAAAUAUGACGUAACCUUUAUGUUUUCUAUUCAACCUUUUUAUUAACCAGUUUUAGAAAAAAAUGUACGUUAUGAAAAGGUAUUUUUGUUUUUGGACAUACUAUUAGUUCGACAAAAUAAUAUACAUAAUAUUCUGAAGCAUCUAGUAUAAAGCUACUGUACUGAUCAAUAUUCAUGUAAGAUAAAAGGUUCCCUAAAUUUCACUUUUCUACUUCAUAAAUAAAUAAAUGAAUAAGCUACUAUAUCGUUCUUCAUAUAUUCAUGUUCAUUCUUACAAUUUAUCAAAAAUCUAGAAAAACAUGUUUACAUUUAAAACUGAUGAACACCAUUUAAUAUAGAUAUUCACGAUAGUGCGGUUAAAUAAGAGUGAAUUGUGAUUGUACUUACAUUACAUAGUAAUUCCUUGGAACAUUGAAUUGUUUAAAUGUGUUAAAUAACAUGUUUUUCAGAUGUCAAAGUAUGCAAGAAAACUUUUUCAAUUAAACGUAUAGAUAAAUCAAUCCAUUUGUUACAGGUGAUAUCCAAUAUAUUACAUGUGACUAAUGUUUGUUUAAUUAAUUUGUAUAAAUUUGAGUGUUUAAAUAAUUUUCAAAUAUUUUUUAAUAUUCUGAAUUACGUCAAGCCUGAAAAUUAUUUGCUGUUCUGUGACUGAAUUGUAUAUUGAGGUGAUGUUUUAGAAGAAAUAGUUAUAAUUAAAAUUACAGAAAAGGGUGUGUAAGGCUGAACGAAAACUAGUUUCAAUAGGGUAUUCAAUUCAUCUAAUUUUUAUAGGGUUUUAUCCAAACAAAAAAUAUUUUUGCAUUGAAAUUUAAGUAAUUAAAUUGAUAUUGAUUAUAUUCAAAGUUGUAUAGCAUUAGGAAAUUCCAUAUUUUGGUAAGCUUUGGAAAGUAUUUUAACAUAUCUUAUUGGGUGUUCGUGGUCGUGAAAAUAGGACGAGGUAUGGUGUCAACCCUUUAAACAAAUACGCUUUACUUUAAUCUUUCUAUAACAAACAAAAUAAACUUGAAUGUCUACUUCAAAAGUUAUGAUAUGAUCAUUGCCAUGUUACAUUAUUGACAAAUGUCAGUCUUGUUGAGCUCUAGCUAAUUUUAUAAAGUAUUGUUAUUCAAUUUUGUCCACGCUUUGACUAUUAAGAUUAUAUACCCAAUAUUUUUCAAACUUACUUAGAUUUUUAUGUUAAUUAUGGAGAUAUUAUACGUUUAUAAAAAUUUUCGAUAACUAACUCACUAGCGCUUGUGGCAGUAAACUUCGUGAAUAAUAACCUCCAUUAUAAACUCAUAAAUAAUAUACUAUUAUUAAUCACCCAAAUAAAUAAUUGAUUAUAUCAAAUAUAACAAUCUAUUGAUCUAUUGAGAUAGAAUCAGUUGAAUGAUAUUAAGGAUGCCACAUAAGUUAUUCAAUAGAUUCAUAUAUACUUCAUAAUUGUACUAAGUUUUUAUUAAUAGAAUUCAAAUUUUUUAUUUCAAUUAAGAAUUAAUAUUUGCUUCUCGAAUCAGUGUUCUGUGUAUUAUUUUAUAUUAAUUGUCAUUCUUUUAUGUACACAGCACAUUUAAAUCGAACAGUGCAGGUUCGUUACUUUUGAGGUAGAUUAUUAAAGUGAACUGUAAUUAGAAAAUAAUAUAAGUCUGAUAUGAAACAAUUAUUGUUGGUUAAAUGACCUGUACAAUAUAUGGGUUAUUUGUGUACCGGCUAAUUAUAUCAAAGAAAAACAUUUGAUGUCCAUAAAUAAGAGUUUUGAUAAAAUUUCACACUUCAUUCUGUUGUUCUUUUGGUGUUUUUUAAAUGCAAAUUAUUUAAUACUGUGUAAAAAUAAUGACGUUACCAGUUUAAACACUGUGACGUAAUCGGUUAUUUGUUUAAUUUUAUAUGUGGAUAUUCUAAUACCCCAUUUGAAGGUCUUUUAAUAAUGUAAUUUUUUCUAAAAUAAUUCCACAACAAACGAAUUGCAACCUCGUAGACCCUUUUAUCUAUAUGUUUUUGUUGAUUGGUUAAAAACAGAUAUUUUGAUAAAGACUGUAAUAGGUAGAAACGUAAAGAUUUUUAUCUGUUAUAAAUUAAAGUCAAAAGAGACCUAAAAUUGAUUAUAGUGUGAAAAUAUUAACAUUUUAUAUAAAAAAUUAUUAAACAAUUAAAAAUUUAGUGAUAUAAUAAAAAUUACGAGCCAAAGAAUUGAUAACAUCUAAUUUUAUCCCUUUCAUGUAAUAAAUUUUUAAUUUACUGUAAGUAAUUCUCAAUUUUGUAAUAUGUUUUUAUAUGUAUAUACUGUUCAUAUUUUCACAUCAUAUUUAUGAAUAUAGUUUAGUCCCUAAUGAUGAAUAUAUGAAUAUUCUAAAACUCGAAAUAUAUGUUACAAAUAUCGCACAUUGGUGUAUAUCCAACAUAGGAAAGUCUAAAAUUACGGAAAAAACUUAGGUAUCUUAUGAUUAUCUCAUUGAAAUUGGUCUGGUAUUACUUCGAUGUGGUGGAAGGUAUGUUUUUUUACUUCACUUAUAUCAUGUGCUCUAAGUCUUCUAUUGGUGUCUAUUUGUAUUAUUUUAGUUUUCAUUUCCUUAAAAGUUAUCAUUCUCCUCAAAAAUGUCUUCCUUGAACCUAGAGCAACCACAUCUUGCCCUUUUCCUUGCAAUUAGUAGAUAAGUAGAAAGGUGUUUUAUUGUCGCAUCUCAUAUAUAACUUCUUCCUAUUGGGUUUCUUGCAUUCUGCUUCAUUGUGUCCUUACUCCUUCCAGCAUUUGAAGAAUUCAUUAUCUUUUUGUCUCUCAACGAAUCGACAUUCUACCCAUCCGACCCUCAAGGGUUUAAUUUCCAGAAGGUCCAGCCGGGUUUGAUGAAUAUUUAUACUUUCAAGAUUGCUUCCCUCAUGCCUAGUACAGUUGUGAGAUCAUCUAUAUUUUUAAUAUGAAUCGCCUUCUUAACAACUAACGUUCUUAAGGAUUUACGCUUUGUCUGUUUCACUACAGAUUUUAAAUAUUAGCUCCCCUUUUUGGUACAUUUUUCUUGUCUACUCCUAUUGCACUAGGGUUAAUCGUAAUUCUGCAUUCAAUUUAUAGAAAUUAAAAGAGGAACUAAUCGAUUUUUUUGGAUUGAAUUGCAGUAUUCGAGCUUGUUGAAUUUUGACUGCUUGGUUGAAUUUUUAGUUCUUGAUAUCACAUGCAUUUGAGACAGUCAAAUUCAGUACGUGGGAACUGCAGUGCAUGUACAAAGCUAAGGGAUAUGAUUCCCUGAUGACAGUUUGGACGCCAUUAAAAUCUCCAAUCAUAGCGCUGGCUCCGUCGAAACCUUGUCCCCGCAUGUUCGUCAUGCCUACUCCUAGUUUGGAAAGAGUAUUCAAGAUAUCUUUAGCUAGUCCCCUUCCAGUAACGUCUUUUAUUGGAACGAACUGUAUAAAAUCCUCCCUGAUCUUCUCAGUCUCGGUAUCAAUGUAUAUGAUACCAAGGGUUAUUUGCUGUAUUCCUGUAAUAUCUGUUGUCUCGUCUGCAAGUUCUGUGAAACACUUAGCCAGAUUGACUUUGCUGACAAUUUGUUUUACACAUGGGGACUAAUAUACAUGGCAUUUUUGGAGCAUGUUUGCAAAUGGUUUUUUAGAGUUUCAUCCCCACUGUUUACCUUGAAACGAAGCAGGACUCUGAAAUUACCAUCAUUUUCAAUUGGUUCUUUGCUUAGGUCGAUUGGUCUAUGGUGUCGGUGCCUUCUCAGUGGAAUAUUUUGGCGUUCGCAUAAAAUUAUAGUUUCAAUAAUAGGUUUUAUUGAUUGACUGCUGGACACAUUUCUUAUGGUAUUCGUUCCUUUCAUGAUGAUUGAAGUCUUCAAUGGCGUUCUUCCACCUGUUGUAUUUUGUUUUUACCAGUUACCCUAGAGGCUGACAUCCAACUCCCGCUUCAUCAGGCGAAAAUAAAACGCAAAAUUUGCAGUAUGCACCGUCUUCUUGUCUUGAGUAUGCAAGCCACUUCCACCUGUUCAGCCAUAUGAGAUGAAACCUGAGAUUUCUAGUUCCACUUCCGGGGAACUUGAAUGUUGCCUCCGGGGUCCAAAUUUCAGAGAAGGCAUUGAACCGUUCGCCAAAACUAAGCUGCAACCAAACAAAAGUAUUACAAAAGUAUUUAAUUUGUAGUAACCUAUACUUCCAAAUUAAUAUGUAUUUUGUUUUAUAUAUAAUACGGUUCUAACGUUUGUGAUUAAAUUUUCAGGAUAUCUUCUUCUAUUCAAUAUCUAACUCUUAUGUUCUAUGAACUUUUUCUCUAAAAAUUCUCUGAACAGAGCUACAAGCGAUCAAAGAUUAUGGACUCGUGAGUAAUAAAAGAGGGAUGGAGGUGAAAUAGGGGGAUCCGGAAGAUGUGUAGUGUUAGGUUAGGGUAGGGGUUUGACUGCCACAAGCUUGCUUGGUUUCUGCUGUUAUAGAAGACCAGAGCUAUAAGGCAUAUUUCCUGGUUAUAUAUUUUUAAGUAUAUUAUUAAAGCUUUUUAAAUCCAUGAAUACGUUAAUGAUUUUCUUACGCUAAUGUAAAAGAUAUAAUUUUUAUUUCUUCAUGAAAAUCACCAUGAUGAAUAUUAUUUAGGUCGAAAUUAUAUAUUAUUAGUUUCAGAACACGAUUUUCGAGGCUUCCCGAUUAAAUGUUAUUCAUAACAUUGGGGCAAUGAAAAUCCUGUAACUUUUAUGAUUGAAAUUUAGACUUAUUCUCUCAAAAUUUUACAGGCAUCAUUAUUGGAAAUGGUUUUUAAUACGGUAUAGGUUUACAAAUAAUCUAUUGUACUUACCUUCAUUUCCAUCUGUCCUUAGUUUGUGCAGCCAUGCUGAGAUUAACUUAGCACACGUAGUAGAAGUUUCAUCCCUCCGUUUUUUCUCUAGUUUCUUUUCUGCGCUACUUUUAUAAUUGCGAUUCAUAUUAUAAUAGAACGCUCACGGAUUAACAAACAGCAAACAAAAUCUAUGACAAAUACAAUGCAGUAAACGGAAACGCUUAGGAGAAAGGCGUUGUUAAAGGUUGUGUGGCUGGCCAAACUGUAUAGAAGAGUUGAUCACGGAUCACGUGGCUACGGGAAAAACUCAUGAUUUAUAGUAAACAUUCAAUGUAUGGUUUUUUCUAGCAAAAACACUAUUUUGUAUUCUACGUCCUGUAACCGAUAUUAUUCACUUAUUUAUUUACUUUCUUACUCGAUUUUGGGGCCUCUUUUACCGACUCGGGGAGGGGGGUUGUAACCCGGAAAACCCCCCUCCGUGAAUACGCCAAUGAUUUCAUCGACGAUUGGUUACUUCCAUACAAAAUGCCAGGAACUUUAAAUAUUGGAUUGUUAGAUUCCUUUUUGUUGCAUAUUCAUUGGUUUCACUUACUGAAUCAAAUAAAUACAUAUUAAAAGCAGUAAUAAGCUUUAAAUCACCAUUCUUCUUUAUAUAAAUGUAUUCAUAAAUUUUGCACUAGUCCUCAGGUUGAUCUUCUAAAAAAAGCUCAAACCUACGGCAGUGAAACUAUAUGGUAAUACUCAAUAAGUUCAUUGAACAAUUUGCAAGUAACAGGUACCAGGUAAAGUGACUGUAAGCUAACUUUUAAAUAAAUAAUAACAAGCUCAUUUUUAUUUAUAAGUAAAUAAAUAUCUUAAGUAGAUAGGUAGUAUAUUAGAAUUAUAAUAUGACGUAUAUAUUGAAGAGGGUGGAUAAUAUGUAUUUAUGUCGAUCCGCUCAAUAUAUUCUAUAUCUUUAGGUGUUGGUAAUGUUGAUGAGGGACCAAAAGUAUGUAUGUUGUUUGCUUGUACCUACUCGUAUGUUUAAAGGGCUUGAUAUGUGGUUUGAUGACAAAAUAUUUUUCGUAGGAGAAUGUUGUAAAAUACCUGCAUAAAUGCAUAAUAAAAAAAAGCUAACUUUGAACUAUGCAUUCAGUCUUUCUGGAGCAGCCACCAUAAGCUGUUGCCACAAUGCUGGUGAUAUAAAAUUGUUUGCUAGAAUUUUGGUUUUAAUCCCGAAAAGGACUACUAUUGUGCCGUUAUAUAAAACAAACACUUUUAUCAGGUUAACCAACUAAGAACAUAGGAGUGUCUAUUCCAAUAAUGGAGUUUUAGUUUAAUAUAUUAAAAUUAUUAUAAAGACACAUUUCUACUACAAAUUACAUAAAUAAUAAAAUCUUCAAAUUGACAUAAAUAACAUUAUUGAUUGUAUAUUCAAAGAAGAAAAUCUUACCAAAGAGCGUAAAUUUUUGGGACUGCCUUGUUUUUCUGUGACUUCAAAAUAUUUUAACUAAAUAGUCCGUUUUCAAAAUAGAAGAAGCAUUUGAAAAAACCUGACUCCACCAGUAUAUUGGGAGCGAUAACUAACUAUAAUAAAAUCAAAGAACGAACUGUUUUCAUUCUGUAAUAAAUAGAAAUAACAGAAUUUACACAAUUAUCUGCUUCUUUGUCGAACUGCUAAGUAAAAUCGACUAUCAUCUCACCAUUCAGGAAUUAACAAAAUUACCGACUUCGAAUAAUCCUAGAAUCUAUUUUCAAAUUGGAUAAGAUUUGAAUAAUUGAUUGACAUCACUAUACAUCACCUGAAAAGUUAUUACAUUAGGAGCGAUUGAAUAAUAUAGUAGCCAUAUUGAGGAAAUAAUUAAUUACAAACUAAAUAAACUAAUACACUCAUACAUUUUGGAAGUGAAUUGUAAAAUGGUCGGCUGUAUUACUUUACUAUUUUAAUAUAAUAAAGAGAAAUCAAGAAUUGCAAGAAAGAACAAAAUGGACACUGUUAUUUGCAAUUCACGCAAUUGUUCGAUAGUUUGUUAAAAGUACUGAGUGAAACCUGCUGAGAUCUGACUAAUCAGAAUCAACAGAAUUGCCCACUUUAAUUUACUCUGUCUAGUUCUAAUCAAAACUAUAGAUUGUCUAUAGUGAAUCAAUCGUUUGUUGAGUGUUUAGAAUCAACAUUAGGCAAUCAUUUAGCAAUAAUGAUAUACUGGAAAUAAAAAAUCUAUUUAAUUCUAGAACGACUCUUCAACACUAUAUUUAAGGUGAACGAAUAGUUAUUAUGUAUUCGGACAAAUUGUAGGAUUACAAUUGCAAUUUACUCGAACAGUUAAAGAGCUUUUCCUUCGAUAUUGUAUCUGACUUGGACAAAUCGUUUUUUAUUAUAAUAAUUAUUUUAUACUUUACUGAAACUGACAAAACUAGUUAUUUCAUUUUAAUACCAUGUGAAAUAUAUUUGACUGAUUAUUACAAAAAUUGAUGAAACAUUUUAUUCGAAAUAUAUGAUAGGAAAUAAGUUCUUUCUUUUAUUUUCAAGAUUAAAUGUGCUCUAUGUGCUAUAGGUAAAGUAGCAAUUUUUCACAUUAUUUUUUUACUAAUCUAUUACUUAUGAGCAUAUUUCUAUGUUCCAUUGAUUUUUAUCUAAUGUUUGAGAAAUAUAUUGCACCUGCAAAAGUUCAUUCAUUGAUUAAACUGUUUUAAAAUUUAUUCAUAGCUUAUUAUUGGAAACACCAAAUUUUUAUACAAAAUAUGUUCUUUGUUAAAAUUAGCUGGUGUAUUACAUAUGGCUGCUUUUUGGCGGCCGCGUCAACAUUUUUUUUAGAAACUAUUAAUUCUGUUGUCAUACUACUUGAUAGUAUUUGUGUAUAUAUACAUUUUCAUUUUUCUCAGGAAAGUGGUUACCAAAGUCUGUACAUAUACUAAUUAAAGAUAUAUGUUUUUUAUCAUGUAAAUAACGCCAAUUCAACGGUUCUUAUGUAUGAUUCAAAAUAAAUUUUAGU